AUGCUACGCAUCUGGAAUCCGGAAGGGAAAACUGAAAUUAUAGAUGUGGGGUUUGGAUGGUACAUCGUGCGGUUCAACCUCCAGAAGGACUGCCUUCACGUGUUAGUUGAUGGUCCUUGGAAGCUUUUUGAUCAAUAUGUGGUGGCACAGAGAUGGAGGCCUAACUUCGAUCCUGCCAACGCGAAGGUGGAACGGAUGGCCGUCUGGGUGCGCCUAUCGGGGCUCCCGGUGGAGUUCUUCAGGGAAAAAGCUAUACGGGAGGUCCUAAAUAACGUUGGAACCCCCCUAAAAAUCGACACUAUGACAGUGGGGGUGGAUCGCGGUAGAUUCGCGAGAGCGGUGGUCGAGAUCGAUCUCACGAAAUCACUUGUGGCUGUAGUGAUGGUUCAAGAUCGGCUCCAAAAAGUGGAGUUUGAAGGCAUGCAUGUUAUCUGCUUUGGGUGCGGGGAGGUGGGGCAUCGUUCGGCGGACUGUAACAAGCACCACAAGGGUGACAAUGCCUCGUCUGAAACUGGUAUUGAUGGCCACGAUAAUAUGCAAGAAUCCAUGAAUAUGGAACAGGCCAAACCGCCUCCUCCCAUCGAGAAGCAUGGGGCUUGGAUGAUGGUGAACUAUAAGAACAAAAAUAAGCCGAAACCACCUACUAAAGGCAAGCAAAAGCAACCGUUAGAAGGUAACUCUCAGAAGCAGUCGAAGGAGAGACUUCCACAGAGGCAGUCGAAGGAGAGAGUUCCACAGAGGCACUCGAAGGAAGGGAAUAUUCGCCAUGGACAUUCUGGUACUGGGCAUUUCCAGUUUGGCAGUACUAGUAAUACUGGUUUUGGAGGGAACCUCUCCUCUCUCCCUUCCACCUUGAGUGGUAGAGAUGGUUUUACGCCUGGGGAAGGCGGUGCUCCAACUUCCCCCUCGCUCUUAGGUUCUCAAUGA